GGUAUAUUUCAGAUCUUUAUUCAAUUAAUGUUUAAUUUUUACUAAUUAUGCAGAAAUUAUAUUAAAGUAGCCUAGAAUAAGUUGAAAUCCUUAUCAAAUAUUUAAUAUUUCUAAUGUGUCAGUGUUAUUGGGUAUAAUUAUUUGUAGGUACGGUGAUGAAUAGGUGACAGACAGAAAAAUGGAAACAAAAGAUUUGUUAAUCCUUGAACCGUUUUAUGGUGGAUCACACAAACAACUGAUAAAAACGAUAACAAAUUCGUUGGAUAACCACAAUGUAAAAUAUGAUUUAUUCACACUACGAGCCAAGAAAUGGCCUUGGAAAGCAAGAUGUGGGGCUAUUAUGCUGUCGGAGGCCAUUCCAAGAGAUGUCUCAUACAGAACAUUAUUCUGUAGUUCGGAUUUGAGUCUCUCAGAAUUUGUCGGAAUAAGACCGGAUUUUUAUCACUGCCACAAGGUGGUGUAUUUUCAUGAAAACCAACUUGUAUAUCCAGUGCAGAAAUCUGAAACUCUCGAUUUUCAGUUUGGAUAUAACCAAAUUUUGACAGCUCUUGCCGCAAAUGAAAUAUAUUUUAAUUCUUUAUACAACUUUCAAUCGUUUGUUAUGAAUAUAAAUGAAUUUCUACGGAGAAUACCCGAAUAUAAACCCAAAGAUAUCAAAGAAAAAAUAGAAUCAAAAAGUAAAGUUUUACAUUUUCCUCUGACAUUUAAUAAAGAAAUUUCAACUUUAAAAGUAAAAGAAGAUUCAAAUGAAAAAAUACUUCACAUUGUUUGGGCCCAUAGAUGGGAGUAUGAUAAAGAUCCAUUGACAUUUUUUAAGACUUUGUUUGAGUUGCAAGAGAAUGAUUUCAAAUUUUGCGUCUCAAUUCUGGGACAGGGGUUCACCGAUGUUCCGAAGGUUUUCACAGAGGGCAAGGAGAAGUUGAAAGAGGGUACAAUUCAAAACUGGGGGUAUGUUGAGGACAGGAACAAAUAUUUAUCCAUUUUACAAUCGUGUGAUGUCGCUAUAUCAACAGCAAUCCAUGAAUUCUUUGGAGUAUCUAUGAUGGAAUGUUGCUAUAGUGGUUGUUAUCCAUUAUGUCCAAAUAAACUAUCUUACCCAGAAAUAUAUCCUUCUGAAUGCCUUUACAACACACCAAGGCAAUUGUAUAAAAAAUUGAGAGAAUUUUGUUUGAAACCCUGGCUUGCCUCAGAGUUGCAUAAAAAGUUAAACAUUGAUUAUUCAAAAUAUUCAUGGGAUAAAAUGGAAUCUGAUUAUUUAAACAUUUUGAAAGUAGGACCAAAACGUCAAUGUACACGAGAAAAUGAAAUUAAUAAUCCUGUGACAAGGGAUUUCUAAGUAAUUGUUGAAGCGAAAUUUUAAAGCAGCAUUCUGUGAAGUGCUUUUAUUAGGAUUCGCUAUUCUGAUUGCCAUAAUUCAGUAAUUCUUUUUUCUGUAGAGAUAUUUUUGAAGUGGGAUUAUGAUUUAUUUUUAUAUUAUCAUUAUUUCACUUCAAAAUAUGUCACACAUAAAAAGAAAUAUAAGCAUGGUGUAAUCUAAUUUAUACUAUCAAAUCGUUCGUUAUUUAUUUGGAACAUGAAUUAUGAGGCAUUGUAUGGUCCCACAAAAUAUUAAUUAUGUUUGUAUUGAUAGUAUUUCUCAAUCUGCUGAUACAGAUGAAAUGAUCAUGUUUCACGUAUUUUUACA